AUAUUAGCCCGCCAUAAUACGACAAAGGCCAUUAAACAAACCUCUUUAACGGCAAUUGGUCGUAGAUUUUAUGCUGCUACUUCUACUGAUACCGAGUAUGACACUGUUGUUAUUGGUGGAGGACCUGGAGGUUACGUUGCAGCCAUAAAAUCAGCACAAUUAGGUUUAAAGACUGCGUGUAUUGAAAAACGAGGAUCGCUCGGCGGAACUUGUUUAAAUGUUGGAUGCAUCCCUUCUAAAGCUUUACUGAAUAAUUCACAUAUUUAUCAUCAAACAAAGCAUGAUUUACAAUCCAGAGGAAUUGAUGUUGCGGAUGUGAAGCUAAACCUCAAAAAUAUGAUGAAGUCCAAAGAUAAAUCUGUUACUGGUUUAACUAAAGGCGUCGAAGGCUUAUUCAAAAAGAAUGGAGUCGCUUACGUUAAAGGCCAUGGCAGAUUAGUUAGUACAAAUGAAAUUGAAGUUGAUGGUCUGGAUGGGAAAAAGAUUUCACUAAAGUCGAAGAAUAUUAUCAUUGCUACUGGAUCUGAGCCAGCACCUUUUAAAGGCUUAGAGGUUGAUGAAAAACAAAUCGUCACUUCUACUGGUGCACUUUCACUAGAAAAAGUGCCUGAAAAAAUGGUUGUUAUUGGUGGUGGUAUUAUUGGUCUUGAAUUAGGCUCUGUAUGGAGUCGUUUAGGUGCUGAAGUGACAGUUGUAGAAUACCUAAGUUCCGUAGGUGCUGGAAUGGACGGCGAGUGCGCCAAGUCUUUCUCAAAACUGCUUCAAAAGCAGGGUAUUAAAUUUAAGAUGAGUACAAAAGUCAUUGACGCUUCUAAAAAGGGUGGUAAGGUGUUAGUGAAUGUUGAACCUGCCAAGGGAGGUGCCAAGGAAACCUUGGAAGCAGAUGUCGUUCUGGUUUCAAUUGGAAGACGUCCUUAUACAGAAAAUCUUGGUUUAGAAAAUGUGGGCAUCGAAGUUGAUGAAAAAGGUAGAAUCAAAAUUGAUUCUCAGUUUCGUACAGCUAAACCCAACAUUUUUUGCAUCGGCGAUGUUACAUAUGGAGCAAUGCUAGCUCAUAAGGCUGAAGAAGAAGGAAUUGCUGCUGUUGAGUAUAUUGCCGGUGGUCAUGGCCAUGUUAAUUAUGAUGUGAUACCAUCCGUGAUUUAUACACAUCCUGAAGUAGCAUGGUGUGGUAAGAACGAAGAAGAAGUAAAAGCAACAAAUAAACCAUAUCGUGUUGGUAACUUCCCUUUCGCAGCAAAUUCUCGUGCUCGUACCAAUAAUGAUACAGAGGGUUUUGUUAAGAUAAUCUCUGAUGCUGAAACGGACACUAUCUUGGGAAUACAUAUUAUUGGUCCUAAUGCAGGAGAAAUGAUUGGUGAAGCUGUGUUGGCUAUGGAGUAUGGAGCAAGUAGUGAAGAUAUUGCAAGAACCUGCCACGCUCACCCGACACUGUCAGAAGCUCUCAAAGAAGCUGGUUAG